AUGCAGUGGGAUGGUCCGAUCGCACCGUUCUGUCACUCCCAUUCCGAAGAUUCCCUGUUCGGAUCAUUUCGGCCGCCAACUAAUGGCCACCCCAACGUGCAGUAUUGUUGCGGUCACCAAGAUAUUCAACAUCAGGGUGGGGGUGGUGCUGUGCGCAAUCACGGGGAAACAGCUACACGGUUUAAAGGUCGUUUGUUGGCUUGCGCCCGCGAAUUCACGAGGUCCAGGGGGUUUCAAGCUUCCAGCGACUUGUUGACGAGGACGCCUUUAGCUUCAUGGACAGAUCCACCAUGGGCUGCAUGCAUCUGGAGCAAGCCACAGGAGUGCGAUGGCAAGCUCGAGGUGGACACGGCUUCAGGAUUCCCUCAAGCCGAGGGGCGAGCCCAGCUCUCCAUCGCUGGUGGUCACGAUGUUCAGCUCACGUUGCGCUUGGUCCCGCCUGGUGAGGUGCAUGUUUUUCUUGAUGAGUUGGCGAACUGGCAGCACUAUGCCAGGCAUGCGUUGGUUGCCGCAUCUGGCAUCAUUGCUGGGAAGAUUGCGUCUGGCGCUUGCGUCUCCCUGACGGCAUUGCCACCUGCAAGACCACAGAAUGAUGAGGGCGGCCCAAGGGUGGCAGCACAGCUGAUUCUCGAUCUUGGUGCAGACCCCCGCGCUUUGGCUGACGACGGACUGUCGCCCUACACCGCAGCGAUCCUCAAGGAGGACCCCUGCGGAAUGCUUAGUGGGCUUGACAGCGGGCUUCGGCUCAGGAUCUUGAAGGGGGACAAGACGGCCUGGGCCGAAGUGGCUCGAUCUGCCCAAGGGAGAGGCCCCCCAGACAUAGCUGCUGGAGCUCUGUCACGAGGGCUGGCCAUUCCGGAGAGCAUGGCAGAGGAGCUGCUCGGCUACUGCUUUGAGGCGGACUUGCCGCUCCUCACCCUUCGAGGCACUCGGCUUUUGCUGGACGCCUUCAUGGAUUACCUGAGGGCAUCUGAGGCGGAGGAGUUCCUUUCAGAUCCCUGCGCGCUUCCCCAGACUCGCGGGGGUGCAGAGUGCCCCAUAUGCUUGGAGCCAUUAUGCAGGUCUACACCCACGGCUUUUGUCGAUGCAGCUGACAUUGCAGUUUGCCUUCACCUUUUGUGCAGCAGUUGCGCGCGGGGAUACGCGUCAUCCACCAACUCCCAGGGGGAGGCCUUGAGGUGCCCCGAAUGCCGACGGCACGCCGUCACGAUGAAGCAGCUACCCUCGCUUAGUGAGGACCCGCUGCAUUGGUUCGAGUUUUUGGCUGGGGCUUCUGACACAGUGAGUGUCAACGGCAAGGUUGCCAAAUCAAUGCUUCUGCGAACGAUUUCUUCCAUGCUGCCCGUCGAGGCAGAUGCCAUAGAGGUUGGUCCUGAAGAUGUGGCUUUGUAG